GAGCUCCGCCGGGGGUUUCCGCAGACGCGGUCCCGGCUCGCCCCCGCGAGGAUGGCGGACUCGGAGCUGCAGCUGGUGGCGCGGCGGAUCCGCAGCUUCCCCGACUUCCCCAUCCCGGGCGUGCUGUUCAGGGACAUCUCGCCCCUCCUGAAGGACCCCGACUCCUUCCGCGCCUCCAUCAGCCUCCUGGCGAACCACCUGAAGAAGACCCACGGCGGCAGGAUCGACUACAUCGCAGGCCUGGACUCCCGCGGCUUCCUCUUCGGCCCCUCCCUGGCCCAGGAGCUCGGCCUGGGCUGCGUGCUCAUCCGGAAGCGGGGGAAGCUGCCGGGCCCCACGCUGUCCGCCUCCUAUGCCCUGGAGUACGGAAAGGCUGAGCUGGAAAUCCAGAGCGAUGCCCUGGAGCCGGGGCAGAAGGUGGUGGUCGUGGACGACCUGCUCGCCACAGGCGGAACCAUGUGUGCCGCCUGUGAGCUGCUGGGCCAGCUGCAGGCCGAGGUGCUGGAGUGCGUGACCCUGGUGGAGCUGACCUUGCUAAAGGGGCGCGAGAAGCUGGCGCCCGUGCCCUUCUUCUCCCUCCUGCAGUAUGAGUGACCACCACCUGCUGCAGCCCCCAGCCCCCGCCUGGAGGGGAAGCGGAGUCCCUGCCUCGGGCGGCUGCAGUGACCCACUUCCUGACCACCAGGGGACCUGGUUGCCCACCUGGGACUUUUUUAACCACUUGCACAAAUUUCCAGUGACCACCUGGUCACCCAGGCUGGCGCUUCCUGAAAGUUCUAGAAGUGCCAAGGCCUGGAAGUGGUGACUCGGGGCUGGGCCAGGCCCAGACCACUGUAGAUGCACUACACACUCAGAAACAGAACACAAAUAAACAACUUUGCUAUAA